AUGUCGCAAGAGCGGAUCCAUCGGCUUGACGAGGAUUGGACCGCAGUCACAGAUCCUGCUCUCCGGAAGAAGCUGCAGAAUAAACUCAAUCAACGUGCUUUGCGAGCGAGAAAACGCCAUGAAAAACAAGCCCUGAUCUCGCAGGCCAAGAAGAGCCGGGCCGACCUGCCCCGUUCAUAUGCAUCGAUUCUUCCACGGCCAGACCCAGUCCAAGGGCCACGACGACCAACCACGCUCGCAGAGGCCGUGGCGAUGAUGACGCGCUUUCACACAGUAGCCUAUGAGAGAUACUACGCUGCAAAUCCAUGCCUGGACCAUUUAUUCACUUUAUCCAAAUUCAACGUUCUGCGGGCCUUUGUGGAUAACAUGGCCGCCCUGGGAUUAAGCAUCCAGGCCAUUGGAGAAGAAGACGCCAUCUCCCCAUUCAAUACUAAUAUCCCCACAAACAAACACAACCGAGAAAUCCUUCCAGCGAGUCUCUUGCCCACCACGACUCAAUGCUCAACCCCCCAUCAUCCCUGGCUAGAUUGUUUCCCGUUUCCGCGAAUGCGCGAUAAUCUCGUCAAUGCCAGUGAGUCAUUCGACGAUUGCGAGCUGUGUACGGAUAUCAUGGAUCCCGCCAGCGGUGAUGUCGGGAUCAUGGUAUGGGGUGACCCCUGGCUUCCGCAGAGCUGGGAAGUCUCUCAGCUGUUUGUUCAAAAGUGGUCGUGGGUCAUCAAGGGCUGUCCAGAAAUCUUGGUGCACAGUAACUAUUGGAGGGCCAGACGAGGCCUCAGGAAGCUUAAAGCGAGCUCUCUAUACUAA